GCUGCCUAGAAGUGGUCUGGUUAGAGCUCCUCCUGGGUCACCCCUUUCCCUUUGGGGAAAGAAUUACAGACCCAGGCCCUUCCCACCAGAGGACUCUUCUCCAUCAUUACCCCUCAGGGGGGUGGAUACCCCCACCUACCUGAUCUCCGGGGCCCGGGCCCCCAGAGCAAGUCAUCUGAGAUGACGGUCAAGCUAGAUUUUGAAGAAUGUCUCAAGGACUCACCCCGCUUCCGAGCCUCGAUUGAACUGGUGGAAACUGAAGUGUCAGAAUUGGAGACCCGCCUGGAAAAGCUGCUCAAGCUGGGUUCCUGCCUCCUGGAGAGCGGCCGCCAAUACCUUGCUGCCAGCCGUGCCUUCGUCGCUGGCAUUUGUGACCUGGCUCGCCUGGGCCCACCAGAGCCCAUGAUGGCGGAGUGCCUGGAAAAAUUCACUGUGAGUCUGAAGCACAAGCUGGAUGGCCAUGCUGAUCUCCUUGAUGCGACUCAACAUACACUGCAGCAGCAAAUCCAGACUCUGGUCAAGGAAGGUCUCCGGGGCUUCCGUGAGGCUCGCAGGGAUUUCUGGCGAGGGGCUGAGAGCUUGGAGGCAGCUCUUACCCACAAUGCAGAGGUCCCCAGGCGCCGUGUCCAAGAAGCAGAGGAUGCUGGGACUGCUUUGAGGACUGCUCGAGCUGGGUACCGGAGUCGGGCAUUAGAUUACGCCCUGCAGGUCAAUGUGAUCGAGGAUAAAAGGAAAUUUGACAUCAUGGAGUUCGUGAGUUUCAGGAACAGCCAAGAUGGAGAGGAACCUGCUGACAGAGGGAGGGACGAAGGAGAGAGAGGGGUAUCCUUCCUCAGCUCUGCCCCUGCCCACCUUGUCCAUCAGGUACUGCGUUUGGUUGAGGCCCAGGCUACCUAUUUCCAGCAGGGCCAUGAAGAGCUAAACAGGUUGGCUCAGUAUCGGAAGGAAUUGGGUGCCCAGUUGCACAACCUAGUCCUGAACUCAGCUCGUGAGAAGAGAGACAUGGAACAGAGGCAUGUGGUACUGAAGCAAAUGGAGCUGGGUGGUGAGGAGCCAGAGCCGAGCCUGAAGGAGGGCCCUGGUGGCUUGGUAAUGGAAGGACAUCUUUUCAAACGCGCCAGCAAUGCAUUUAAGACCUGGAGCAGACGCUGGUUCACCAUUCAGAACAACCAGCUGGUUUACCAGAAGAAAUAUAAGGACCCUGUAACCGUGGUGGUGGACGACCUUCGUCUCUGUACAGUGAAGCUCUGUCCAGACUCAGAGAGGCGUUUCUGUUUCGAAGUAGUGUCCACCAGCAAGUCCUGUUUCCUCCAGGCUGACUCUGAGCGUCUCCUACAGCUGUGGGUCAGUGCGGUCCAGAGCAGCAUUGCCUCAGCCUUCAGUCAGGCUCACCUGGAGGGCAGCCCUCGGGGGCCGGGUCAGGUCGCAGGAUACCAGGCCCCAGGCUCUGCUACUCUGGGCUGUGGCGGGGCAGCCAGAGGAAGGGAACCUGGGGGAGUUGGGCAGGUGGCAGCCCAGGUACAAAGCGUGGAUGGUAACGCUCAGUGCUGCGACUGCAGGGAGCCGGCCCCAGAGUGGGCCAGCAUCAACCUCGGGGUCACUCUCUGCAUUCAGUGCUCCGGCAUCCACAGGAGCCUUGGUGUUCAUUUCUCCAAAGUCCGCUCUCUGACCCUUGACUCCUGGGAACCAGAACUAGUGAAGCUUAUGUGUGAGCUGGGAAAUGUCGUCAUCAACCAGAUCUACGAGGCCCGGGUGGAGGCCAUGGCGGUGAAGAAGCCAGGGCCCAGCUGCUCCCGGCAGGAAAAGGAAGCCUGGAUUCAUGCCAAGUAUGUGGAGAAAAAGUUCUUGACCAAGCUUCCUGAAAUUCGAGGGCGAAGAGGUGGCAGGGGACCCCCAAGAGGACAUCCCCCUGUUCCCCCAAAGCCUUCCAUCAGGCCACCGCCGGGGAUUGUCAGAUCUAAGUCAGAGUCCCCGUCUGAUGACUUGGGAAGCCUGCAUCCUGGGGCCCUGCUCUUUCAAGCCGCUGCACAUCCUCCAUCUCUUCCUACCAUGGCUGACGCCCUGGCCCACGGAGCUGAUGUCAACUGGGUCAAUGCGGGCCAGGGGAAUGCCACACCUCUGAUCCGGGCCACGGCUGCUAAUUCUCUUCUGGCCUGUGAGUUUCUCCUCCAAAAUGGGGCAAAUGUGAACCAAGCGGACAGUGCUGGCCGGGGCCCGCUCCACCAUGCCACCAUUCUUGGCCACACAGGGCUUGCUUGCCUGUUCCUGAAACGGGGCGCAGAUCUGGGGGCUCGAGACACAGAAGGCAGGGACCCUCUGACUAUCGCAAUGGAAACCGCCAAUGCUGACAUCGUAACCCUGUUACGAUUGGCGAAGAUGCGAGAGGCUGAAGCGGCCCAGGGCCAGGCAGGAGACGAAACGUAUCUCGACAUAUUCCGAGACUUCUCCCUCAUGGCGUCGGACGAUCCAGAGAAACUGAGCCGUCGCAGUCACGACCUCCAUACUCUUUGAUUCCAGGCCCCUCCUCACUCUGCCGGGCACGUUCUCCAUUAAAGUUUCUCAGUUUGGC